UGUUUAAACUUCUCGCAGGAAUUUGGGCACAGGAGACAUUUUUGAAGCUCUAACCAGUGAUUGAUGUCUUAGAGGAAGUGCCAUGGGUUCAACCAAGUUUACGAAUCCAUAUGCUAUUGAAGUAAUCCGGACUAGAAAGAAAGAGCUAGUUGGUGGCAUCUCCAACACGGAAGACUUGCUGGACCUUCUGGUCUUUAAUGGAGUUUUUCUACCUGAGAACAGAGUUCUUGUGUCCAGCAUUACAGCACAAGAGGAAAAGAACUCCAGAAUGCUCAACAUCCUGAUGUCACGAGGAGAACGGGCAUGCCGCAUUUUCUUCUACCCCUGUCUGAAGAGUGCUCAACCUGACCUCUACCAGAGCAUAAAAACCUACGUGGGACAGCUGAAUGAAAACAUUAAGGAUACACGGAGGCAGCUGAUUGGAUAUCUUCUAGAAAAAGAUCGGCAAGGGCCAAUGAAAAAAAUUCAGGACACCAAUAGGACCCAUAUAAAUGAAACAGUGGAGCAUAAAUCAAAAAAGACAGAGCUGCUUUUUUCCUCAGACAAGUUAAAGGAGACUCAUGCAACACCUGAAGACUCAUCAAAUGGCAUUCUCAAUGCAGUGUCUAUGGGUGACGUGCCACGAUUGCAGGAACUUCUAAAAGGCAUAAAUAUCAAUGACACAAAUGCAUUCUCUCAUGAUAUCCUACACCUGGCAGCCGAACAUGGUCAAGUGUCAGUUAUAAACCUUUUGCUUCGUCAAGGUGCUAAACUGGAUUUAAGGGAUCGAAUGGGUUGCACUGCUCUUCACAAAGCAUCAGAGAUGGGGCACACAUCAGCUGUAUUGGCUCUUAUAAGGGCUGGAGCUGACAUCUAUGCAACAGACCAAGCCUUAAAAACACCCCAACAUUUAGCAGCACAAAAUGGGCAUGAGAACACAGUCAGAACACUGGUGCUAGAGGAAAGAAGAAACUUCAAGAACCAGACAACAUUCCUACACAUGGCUGCAAUAGAUGAUGACUCUGUGUUCGCUGAAAUUUUACUGAGAAAUGAUGCCUCAGUAGACACCUGCGAUGGCCAGACGAAGACAGCAUUGUUCCAUGCUAUUAGCCGAGGAAAUGAAAAGACAGCUGCUGUGCUUCUUCAAGCUGGAGCUAAUGUGGAUUCUGGAGUUAUUGAAGCUGCGCUCGAGCUCAACAAGAAGCCUUUGCUUUCUCUUCUUUUGAGGAACAUUAAGACAACGAUGUCUCAAAAUGAAGUAAAAUCGAUUCUGUUUAAAGCAGUAAAGAGAAACUUGGACGAGAUUGUAGUGGCUCUAAUAGAAAGUGGAGCUGAUAUCAAUGUGUGUAAUGACAUGGGUUAUACACCACUGCUCCUAGCCAUUGAGCUGGGCAAUUGGGAGGUUUUUAAAGUGUUGGUCUCAAAUAAAGCCCAGAUAAAUACAAGACUACCCAAUCAAAUGUCUCCUAUUCAUCUGGCCAUCCAAAGUGGCAGUAAGCAAAUAACAGAGAUAUUACUGGAUAUGGGCAUAGACCCUAACAUAAUAGGCCCCAAGGAACAGAUGCCUCUUCAUCUUUGUGCCUUACACAACCACCCUGCACUAUUGGCCCUGUUACUCCACAAAGGAGCUCAGAUCAAUGCAGUGACUCAGGAUGGGUUCACUGCCCUCCAUCUUGCUUGCCAGAGUGGACACAAGGAGGCUGUCGCCCAGCUGUUGGAAGGAAAGGCAGAUCUCCAUGCACAGGACAGAACGGCUAGGACAGCACUACACUGGGCAGCUGCUCAAGGUGACAUAGGCAUCAUAAAACUGCUUCUAUUUUUUGGAUCUAAUCCUGACAUUGUUGAGAAAGAGAAAAAGACUCCAUUACACCUGGCAGCAAUGGCAGGACACACUCAGGCUGUCUCCACACUGGUUGCUGUAAAGGCAAAAGUUGCAGCCAAAGACAUGGACGGCUCUACGGCUCUGCAUUAUGCUGCCAGGAAUGGACACAUUCAUGUGGUUGCUGCUCUUCUGACUGCUGGUAAGAACAAAAAUGUGAAUGAGAGGAAUGUUUGGAGGAGGACACCUCUACAUUUCGCUGCGGAACAUGGGCAGGAGCAUGUGGUUGGCCUGCUGCUGGAAAGACAAGCCAAGAUCAAUGCCAUUGACAAUAACAAAGACACACCGUUACACUGGGCCUGUCGAACAGGGCAUCUGGGCACAGUGCAAAAGCUGGUGAACUGGAUUCAUGGGGAGAAGGUAAACCUCCAGGCUACUAACAACGUCAUGAAAACAGCCCUGCAGGUAGCAGAGGCUGAGGCCAGUCUGAACCACCAGAACAUUUGUCUGCUGCUGAAGAAGAAGAUGCUUCUCAUUAAAUAAAAAUGUUAGAAUUGUAUGAUGAAAGUAAUCAUGUGGAUUGGAAGCUUUUUUGUUUAAACUG